AUGAGUAAAGUCGCGAAUAUCGGAAAAUUGAAGAAUUAUACUGUCUUCAUUACAGGAGCUUCGAGGGGCAUUGGUCUAUCCAUGGCGAAGAAAAUUGCUGCCGAUGGCGCAAACAUCGUCGUCGCCGCCAAAACUGCCGAGCCUCAUCCAAAACUGCCAGGAACAAUCUACACCGCCGCGGAAGAAAUCGAAGCCGCAGGUGGCCGAGCUCUUCCCAUGGUCGUCGACGUUCGCGAUGAAAAAUCAGUGGAUCAAGCAGUAGCAGCCGCUGUUGGAGAAUUUGGAGGAAUCGACAUUUUGAUCAACAAUGCUUCCGCCAUUUCGCUGACUGAUACUCAGAGUACUGGCAUGAAAAGGUACGAUUUGAUGCAUUCAAUCAACGGCCGCGGAACCUACAUGCUCUCCCACAAAUGUGUUCCUCAUCUGCUCGAGUCUAAAGAUGCCGGUCGCGAGCCACAUAUUCUCAACAACUCUCCUCCCUUGGAUAUGCGACGAAAGUGGUUCGAAAACCAUGUUGCUUACACGAUCGCAAAAAUGAACAUGUCUCUCUGCGCGCACGGAAUGGCCGGUGAAUUCGAAGGCGACAUUGCUGUCAAUUGCAUUUGGCCACGAACUGCUAUUUGGACGGCUGCUAUGAAAAUGCUUGGAGGCGAUCAAGCUUCUGCUGGCUGCAGAUUAGAUACGAUUAUGUCCGACUGUGCUUAUGGAAUCCUCACAAAAGGAACCGAUUUCACGGGCAACUUCGUCGUCGACCAAGAAUUCCUCGAGCAAGAAUACGGCAUCACCGACUUCUCGUCCUACCGCGCCAACCCUGACCAGGCAGAAGAAUCGCUCAUCAACGACUUUUUCCUUCCAGAAAGAUUCGACAAGUACAACAGCGAAAACGCCUUCGACAAGCUUUGA